CUUUUAUCCUUCCAAUCUUUGUUUUACAAAUAUCCUAUGAUUUAUUUAUGUGCACUUAUUAUAUAAUAUUUGACAAAUUGUUAUAUGUAUAUUGAUGUGUGACCGGGAGUCAAGAUGAAUGCAAAGAAGAGAUUAAUAUCAGACAUGGAGGGACCCAAAAAAAGUAGAGAUGAUUGGAGAAAAACUAAACGAUUAGAGGAAGCAAGAAAAGCAGGUACUGCUCCAGCUGCUGUCGAUGAAGAAGGAAGAGACAUCAAUCCUCACAUCCCACAAUAUAUAGCAACUGCUCCUUGGUACUUUGGUUCUUCUUGUCCCACUCUGAAACAUCAGCGACUUCAGCCAGAAAGACAGGAAAGUUAUACCAAGAUCAAAGAACAUUUUGUUAGAAGACUAAAGGCAAAGAAAACCACCAAAUACAGAAAAGGAGCUUGUGAAAACUGUGGUGCUUUAAAUCAUACAAAGAAAAACUGUUUUGAGCGGCCAAGACAAAGAGGUGCCAAAUUCACAAAUGAAGAUAUUGCCGAAGACGACGUUAUUUUGCCAGAUUUAAAUGUGGACUACGAUGGAAAAAGAGAUCGAUGGAACGGAUAUGACCCUGCAAAUUAUCAAGCCGUUGUGGAAGAAUUUGCAAAAGUCGAAGAGGCUAAAAGGCAAUUGAAAAAGAAAAAAUUAAAGCAAGAUCUUUUAUCUGGUAAAGUUAGCACUAUAAAAGAAACAAAUAAUGAUGGUGAAGACGAAGAAAAAUACGCUGACAAUGCAGACAUGCCGGGUACAAAAGUUGACAGUAAGCAACGAAUUACUGUUCGUAAUUUACGUAUAAGAGAAGAUAUUGCAAAAUAUUUGAGAAACUUAGAUCCAAAUUCUGCAUACUAUGAUCCAAAAACAAGAGCCAUGAGAGAUAAUCCAUAUCAAGAAAGAAAAAAUUCAGAAGAGUUUCAGUAUGCUGGAGAUAAUUUUGUUAAAGCUACCGGAGAUACGGAAAAACAUUCUCAAAUGCAACUGUUUGCUUGGCAAGCAUAUGGGAAAAAAGUAGUCAUUUUGUCUGAACCUACAAAAGCAGAAGUUUUAUUUAAUGAGUUCACCGUGAAAAAACAAAAACUUAAACGUGAAAUGAAAGAAAAUAUUUUCGAAAAAUAUGGACGAGAACAUUUUAAAGUCCCUCCAAAGGAACUUAUUUUCUCACAAAAGGACGAUUAUGUAGAAUAUUCUCGGCAUGGUGUGGUUUUGAAAGGAACUGAGAAACCAGUAGUUCGAUCUAAAUAUGAAGAAGAUGUUUUUAUCAAUAAUCAUACAUCUGUCUGGGGUUCGUAUUGGUGUGACGGUCUUUGGGGAUAUAAAUGUUGUCAUUCGUUCAUCAAGAAUUCUUACUGCACUGGAAAUAGUGGAAAAGAAGCUGCUAAACAGGUAAUGCAAUUUUUUUAUUAAU